AGAUGAGCUGAAUGACAGCACACACAGCACUUUAUGACACACAUACAGUAUAUCUUGGAUUAGCAGUGUGAGGCGAUAAUGUGGAUCAGAGUUUUUCUUAUCGUACAGAUGAUCAUUUCUACGGCCCAAUAUGAGGACUUGUGUCAGAAUGUUAUUGAAAAAUGUCAUCUUCAGAAAAACUGGCCAAGAUGCUUCGAGAACAGAAGUGUGACAUGCAGACAAAGUGAGUCCAGAUCCUUUUCUUCGAACUUCAUCCGUCGAGUGGUAAACUCGUCUCAGGAGGCUGUGGAGAGCCCUACAUCGGAGCACAGGGUGCACAUCCCAUCGUCAGCUCUCCAGAAAGGCAAAGGAGCUGUUGGCAUUGCCUCUGAGGAGAAUGUAUUGCUGGUUGUCACUGUUCUCAACAGCUCUUACUUUCCGUUGAGGCGGACUCCAACACCACGGAGGUGGGGUCUCACGGACCACUCUACCCAUAAGCAAGUUAUGAGGGAGUUAGUGCUAUUUGUGAGGGUAGGGAACCAUGCACUCAGUAACCUGACACAACCCAUCAGGCUAAUCUUCAAGCACAACAAUCAGGAGGAUAAUGGGAAUUGCGUGUUCUGGCAGGAAUCUGAAGCAGAGGAAGGAACAGGUGAUUGGAGCUCAAAGGGCUGCGAUACCAACUACAAUGACCAAGAGUUUAUUUGUAGCUGCAACCAUCUAAGUUUCUUUGCUGUGCUUGUGAACCCCAAAAUAUCAAAGUUGGACAAAGAGAAUGCUGUCAACCUUAACUAUAUCUCCUACAUUGGAUCAUCUCUGUCUGUCUUCUUCACCAUUGUCAGCUUGUUCAUCUAUGCAUGUUUACAACAACGACGUCCAGAGAAGUCCAUCAGUGUUCACAUGCAGCUGACAGGGGCACUCCUCUGCCUGCAUAUUAGCUUCUUGCUUAGCAAGUUGUGGGUUUGGCUAGAGGUGGAUGAUGAGGAUGGUUGGGGCUGUAAGGUUCUGGGGUUCCUCUUACACUGGUCUCUACUGGCUACCUUCAGCUGGACAGCUCUAGAAGGCUUCCACUUAUACCUUCUCCUUGUCCAGAUCUUCAACAUCUACAUCAGGAGAUACCUGCUCAAACUCAGCUUAUUGGGAUGGGGUGUCCCUACAGUGGUAGCAGUAAUUUGUGGGAUUUCAGGUGCCUAUGGCAAUUACUCUAUUCAGUUGUUGGGUGGUGCCAGAAACACAUCAGCAGAUGGAAUGUGCUGGAUCAGCAGCAAUUAUCCACACAGACUAGUCAUCAACUACAUCGCUGUGGUUGCCUACAUGAGCCUGGUCCUCCUGUUUAACUCAGCCAUGCUGGGGGUUGUGGUAGUCAAGCUCUGGGGGCUGAGAAAAAGCACACGUGGAUUCAGUGGAGGUAGAGAAGGAAGUGGAGGAUGGAAGGUGGCGUUCAAAAAGAAGACGGCCCAGGUGUGCAAAGACUGUGGCACCGUGUUGGGCCUCAGCUGUGUGCUUGGGUUAGCUUGGGGCUUGGCAUACAGCACCUACUCUCCCAUCUCCCUCCCUGGGCUCUACUUGUUCACUGUUCUCAACUCUCUGCAAGGUGUAUUCAUGUUCCUCUGGUCUCUGGCACUGACUUGCAAGUUUCAAUCAGACAACAACUCCUCAUUCAAAGACCAAUCCACACAGAAGAUAACGGAGAGUUUGAGACCAGCUUUAGUAACGGACAGUAAAGGCUAAAAAAAAUGUUAAAUUGCACAUAAUUUAUGGGGUUAUCGCUAGAUUGACUAGUGAUUCUGUGUAAUCCUGAGUAUUACUCGUAUUUCUAUCUUUGUCAUUAUGUUGCAGCCUGCGUAAAUAAAUUUGUGA